GCGGCUGUGUGUGUUUCACGCUCAUGCUAGUCUGCUAGCUCUCCUUCAAAGCACAAGUCCAGUUGCUUCCUUUAAUUGACCUGAUGAAUUAAAGGUUAUCCAGCCGAUGAAGCCGCAGGGAGUUGAUAACUACAGCUUUGUGAUUUUUUACUGAAUUAUUGGCAGCGUCAUGAAGGUGAACAAACACCUGCAGGAUCCAGGGAAAUCUCAGAAAUGGAAAGAUGUGAGGGGCAAACGCUGCAGAGCCACUGUCAAAUCCUCCGACCUCAGCUCCAGUCCUGUCCCGGUCCAGGUGGUGAGGGAGCACCAGGUGUCUGUGAAGAAAAAACGCUCUGUCAAAAGGUUAAAAAAGAAAGCAAAGCCAGUGUCUGCGCCUAAACAAACCUCUCCUGAAUCUGAGAGUAAGAAGUCGUACUCUCACACCAACGGAGGCUCGACGUUUACCCCAAAUCCUCCUCCUGGUCCUGGAGAGGACCUCCAGGACUGGAAGCAGUAUUCCCAGUCGGUUCGGAUGGACAGUGCCGAGCCGUCGGGUGAAAUGCAGGAUGUUCUGGGAGAACGAGUGGAGGGAGAGGCUCUUCAUCACUGUGCGCAGAGAGAUGAUCGGCGGAACCACGCAGUGCUGGUCCUGCAGAAGAACCAGACUCUGUGUUUUCGGGGAAAGUGCAUCCUGACGUGUCUCUACGGUCGUGUGGAGGUCAUGGGGUUCACUAUUGAAGAGGGCCAGAAGUCCUACCCCCUCUUCUCACCAGCGUCUCACUGUCCACUCACCAUCAGAUCCAUGGAAACCUCUCAUUACGACAGAGAUGACAGAACAGACGCGUCACGGAUCCUUCAGGCCCACCUGCACUCAGCAUCUCGGAAGAAAUUGCUUAAAAAGGUAACACCAUCAUCAAGCAUCGUUCUGCUGGAGCCCAUGGAGACGUCCCUGACCCACUUCCUGUCCAGUUUCACAGAGCUCAGUGGACUGUUCAGCACUCCUGUGAGGGAAUUCAUGUCAGCUGUUCUGGACACACCGCUGAACGGUCUGGGCAUGAUUCCUCUGGCCAGCACGGUUGAGGGCCUGAAAACAUCCAGCAGCUGUAAAGAUGCCCUGAACACGGUGGUGAACGCUUGCAAAGGAGACAUAGAUGGCUGUGCUGUAAUCCUCGUAUGUGGGGCCAGGAAUGUGGGCAAGUCAACAUUUAUCCGCAUUCUCAUCAAUACUUUACUGAAUCAUACUGCCAGUGUGGACUAUCUGGAAGGAGACCUGGGUCAAACAGAAUUCACCCCAUCUGGUUGUCUUUCUUUGUUGACKGUCACAGAACCACUGUUGGGUCCUCCCUUCUCACAUCAGAACACUCCAGACCACAUGAUCUACUACGGCCGACCAUCAGCUGACUCAGACUUAGACCUCUACCUGGAUUCUCUGAAGUCUUUGUGGCAUUGGCGGUCCCAGAGCAGAGAGAUGCCCGUUAUCAUCAACACAAUGGGCUGGGUCAAAGGAUUUGGAUUCCAGCUGUUGGUGGACAUGAUCCGCUUCCUCCCAGUCACACACGUGGUCCAGCUCAGUCACAGUGGCACCACCCAGUGCCCCGUCCUCACACCAGAGUUCCUGAGGACGGCACACGGCUAUCAGACGCACCCGCCUGCUCACAGCGCUCUGGAUGAGUUCGCAGAGUGCCACCGCACCCCCAGGACCUUCUCUCACCUCAUGGUAGAGUCAGAGUUUCAGGGUGUGGGUCAACAAGGCACCGCGAAGCACCAGCGCACCAACGAACACAGAGACUUGUCUUUACUGGCCUACCUGAGUCAGCUGCAGUCUCCUGACCCUGGACCAGUUAGACCUCUGCACAGCCUCACCCCGUAUCAGGUCCCUAACARGGCAGUGGCUUUAGGCGUGACCCACUGUGACGUGGCGCCCUCUCACACCUUCUACGCUGCCAACGGCUCUCUGGUGGGGCUCUGCUGCCUGGCAGAGAAGGUAACGAGCAAAGGAGGUCCGGUCCUGUUGUCCCAGGCACCCAUCUGUCCUUGUGUAGGCUUUGGUAUUCUUCGAGGAAUUGAUACGGCCCGAGGUCUGUACUUCCUGCUGACCCCCGUGGACCCCUCCACCCUCAGGAAGGUCAACUGCCUCCUCCUGGGGGCGAUUAGCCUGCCUUCGUACAUCCUCACUGCACAGCCUGGUUUUGAAGAAGCCUUGCCUUAUGUGACCUCAAACUACAGCUUUGAUCUCACCGGAGCAGGAAAGCUGCGAACCUUCAAAGGACUGACCAGGCCCUCUCACCUGGCACAGCAGUAACAGGUCUGCGUUACUUCCUGUCUGCUCGGGUCAAACAAGGACACGGUGGUCCGUAACUGGUUCUGAGCUGAAGCUGAGUUUGUGGGACUUCAACAGCUCUGCAGGAGGAGACAGCCGCCAUCUUCUGGUUGUCCACUGUGAUGGCCACAGGUUCUGCACCGGGACUUUUCUAUCUGCUGAUAGUGACAUCAUACCAAGCUCCUUUAUGGUGUUCCCAUUCCACAAGUUCAACUGUUGGUUUUUAACAACUACACUUUGAUUUCUGCCUCCUGCUUGAAGGUCCUGCUGUUUUGGAAGCAUGUGAGUAAAGAAAGGAGCAGACUGAACAGGUUUAAUGGACCGAGCCUCGCUUCAAACCGUCUCAACAGAUCGUUUUUCWCUUUUCCACACUGACCUGUGUGAGCAUGAAGAAUAAAAAAUAAAGGUUUAAAUAAUAGUACGCUGCAAAAACUGUCCACCUAACCAAGUUUUAAAAUCUUAUAUCAGCCAAAAA